AAAAGAUUUUUCCAAACUUUGACUAUAGAAGCAGAUGAGAGUGUGAAAGACACACUAAUGGAAUGUAUAAAUCAUGUCAAAUCUCUUGAUCAGAAUAUCCUUUCUGUUAGUUUUGAUAUGUCAUGGUCACAUAAUGAAACCUGUUCUUCCAAGAUCAGAGAGUUUUGGCAAGAAAGAAAUCUUCAAAUUACUCUUAAGGAAAAGACUGUGAAAAGUACCAAAAGAAUUAUCAAUCAAAUUAAUAUAGUACAAGAUGAAGUGAGCAAUGUUUUAGUUCUCAGUAAGAGGGACAAUCUAAGGAGACUACAAUCAGGAAUUGAGGUUAAUAUUGAAGAAGAUGGUUGCUCAAACAAACAUAAAUGUGGAAUGGAAAAGGAAGAACCUCCAACUGUGGUACUAAGGGAACAAAAAAAUGCUUGCUAUGCUGAGAGCUCAUCAGAAACAGAUUCACCAAAAUCAGAUUACAAAGAAUUUAAGGAUAAAUAUGGAUUUAUAACAAAAAAAUAUAUCUGUAAAGUUUAUGAUCCUUGCGAAGGUACACCAUCUCCCACAACACAUGAAGAUACAAGCCCAAUCAUUGUGACACCAAACAAGCCUGUUAUAACUAACAUAUCAUACAAUCAAUACUCUAUGCACAUGAUUUGUGCUUUUGGGUCAACAUUGCAUCUUGUUAAAGAAGCCACUGACAAACAAUUAUAUGAAGAAAUUGAGAGAAUUAUAAUGGCAGAGACAGAAUUUGGAGACAAUGACAUAACAGAAAACAUAAGAAAUUCCUUUCCCAACAUAAAAUACGAAUGGAUAGGAAAAGAAGUUAGAUCAAUAAAAGAUGUAAAUAACAUUUUUUCGUGUAAUAUUAAUAUAAAACCUCGAAAAACAGAUUUGUUAAUUUUGAGGUUAUCAGACACAACUGAAAUUUUAGAUAUUGAAGUUUCUGGACCACCAUAUAAUUCUACUAAAAAACACACUGUUGGGGAUGCAAAAAAGCUUCUUUUGAUAUCUGUUUGCAAUUUAUGUAAAAUACUUGCAAACAAUUUUGAUUGUUUGAUCAAGGACACAAAACAAGUUAGGACAUAUUGCAUUCAACAAGAAAAAAUACAAAAAAAAAUUCAUUCAUUUAUUCCUUCAAUUGAUAAUAAUAAUGGUGAAGAUUUACAGGAAUGGGUACAUCAACCUGAUGAUGAUUUAACAGUUGUAACGGAAGAUGAUAUGGAUGAACUCUUUUUGUAA